GCCGUUUCGCGUCUGACUGCGCAUUGCUGCAACCUGCUUAAAACGAGGUUUCAAAUGUGUUAUCGGGAAGUGUGAGUUCGCAUUAGGGCCAGUGACCCCCGAAAUUAAGAUUGCGGAACUUGCAAGAAAAAACUAAAUGAAAGGAGUGGGGGAUCAGUUUAACCCCAAAGUUUUAGUGGCAGCUUUAGUGGAACAGGAGAAAGGUAUAGCUAUAACGUAUAGGUGUUGCUUGUAUUUUUGAUUAGGUGGCAGCAACGCACCCGUUUGGCGAAAUAUCAGAUUCAAAAGGGUAAAAGAAGAAAAGAAGACACGCCUUCUUUAAAUUGUGGAGAAUUGCGCAUACUCCGAGCACAUUCUACGGUGCUUCAUUGACACAUAGCACCUACAAUCCGAUUUCACUGUUUGCGGCACUGUAUAACUCAUAAAAUGAGUUUCUCAGUUGAAGAGAGAGGAAACCCCAACACGCAGAACUACAGAAUAUUCUUCAAAAAUGCUGAAGGAAAAUACAUUUCUCCAUUCCAUGACAUACCGAUGUGUGCAGAUGAAGCGCAGAAUGUCUUCCAUAUGGUUGUUGAAGUACCAAGAUGGACAAAUGCAAAGAUGGAGAUCGCCACAAAAGAACCUCUAAAUCCAGUGAAGCAAGACAUUAAAAAGGGCAAAUUGCGUUACGUUGCCAACAUUUUCCCACACAAAGGCUACAUCUGGAACUAUGGAGCAAUUCCUCAGACCUGGGAGGACCCUCUGCACAAAGACGGGGACACCGGUUGCUGCGGCGACAACGACCCCAUCGACGUGUGUGACAUCGGCACGAAGGUGUGUUUGCGAGGUGAGGUCAUUAAGGUGAAGGUCCUGGGUGUUCUGGCCAUGAUCGACGAGGGAGAAACUGAUUGGAAAGUCAUCGCCAUCAACGUGGAAGACCCUGAGGCAAAGGACUUCAACAAUAUUGAGGACGUCAGGCGACUGAAGCCAGGUUACCUGGAGGCCACAGUUGACUGGUUCAAGAGGUACAAAGUACCGGAUGGAAAACCUGAAAACCAAUUUGCCUUCAACGGAGAGUUCAAAGACAAGGACUUCGCCGUUGAGACCAUCAAGGCCACCCACGGCUUCUGGAAGGCGCUCGUUUCUCAGCAGACCAACGCCGGGGAUCUCAACUGCAAGAACACCUGCGUCUCGGGGGGAGACAGUCCGCACUUCUGCUCGGACGAGGACGCCAAGGCACUCGUUAGGGCGACAUGCCCUUGUGGGAGUGAGGAACCCAUUCCAUGCACAGUUGACAAAUGGUUCUAUUGUGCGAAGAACUGAUUUAGAGAAGAUUACCUCCACGGUGGCCCUGGAGUGGAGGCCUGAGCACUUGAGCUCUGCAAUCACUAUGGGGGUAUAUUUAGCUACAUUUUAAAAACCACAACAAAAUGAUAGGUAGGAAUCAUUGCAUGGCAAAUUAAUUUAAAUGUUUUUGAAAUGUGCCAUUGACAUGUGUUAUAGGCAGCUGAGGUACUGUAGGCAGUGGCCUUAAAUGGCUGCUUUAUAAAAUAAAGUAAUUUCUGUUUACGAAA